CGGGGAGCGGAGCGGAGCGGGCGCCGCACCGGGGCGGCGGGGCCGCGCUGGCCGCCAUGGAUUCGCGGGUGUCGGAGCUGUUCGGGGGCUGCUGCCGGCCGGCGGGCGGCGGGGCAGGCGGGGCGCUGCGCGGGCGCGGGGGGACCGCGCCCGGCGGUGGCGGCGGCAGCUCGAAGGCGAAGAAGAAGAACGGGCGGAGCCGGGGGGGCAAGGCCAACAACCCGCCGUACCUGCCGCCCGAGGCAGAAGAUGGGAACAUCGAGUACAAGCUGAAGCUGGUGAACCCCUCGCAGUACCGCUUUGAGCAUCUGGUGACGCAGAUGAAGUGGCGACUGCAGGAGGGCCGCGGUGAGGCCGUCUAUCAGAUCGGCGUGGAGGACAACGGGCUGCUGGUGGGCCUCUCAGAGGAGGAGAUGCGUGCCUCGCUCAAGACCCUGCGCCGCAUGGCAGAGAAGGUUGGGGCUGACAUUACGGUGCUGCGGGAGAGGGAGGUCGAUUAUGACAGUGAUGUUCCAAGGAAGAUAACGGAGGUGCUUGUCCGAAAGGUGCCUGACAACCAGCAGUUCUUAGACCUUCGAGUAGCUGUGCUGGGGAAUGUGGACUCAGGGAAGUCAACACUGUUGGGUGUCCUAACGCAAGGAGAGCUGGACAAUGGGCGGGGCAGGGCACGCCUCAACCUCUUCCGGCAUCUCCAUGAAAUCCAGUCAGGAAGAACGUCAAGCAUCAGCUUUGAGAUCCUUGGCUUCAACAGCAAAGGAGAGGUGGUAAAUUACAGUGACUCCAGGACAGCAGAAGAGAUCUGUGAAAGUUCUUCCAAAAUGAUCACUUUCAUUGACCUGGCUGGCCACCACAAGUAUCUGAAAACAACCAUCUUUGGCCUCACCAGCUACUGCCCAGACUUUGCCAUGCUGGUGGUUAGUGCCAACACUGGCAUUGCGGGCACAACGCGAGAGCACUUGGGCUUGGCCAUGGCCCUCAAGGUCCCCUUCUUCAUUGUCGUCAGCAAAGUUGACUUGUGUUCAAAAGCCACCGUGGAACGGACAGUGAAGCAGCUGGAGCGAAUCCUGAAGCAGCCAGGCUGCAACAAGCUCCCCCUGCUUGUGAACUCGGAUGACGACGCUGUUACAGCAGCACAACAGUUUGCACAAUCUCCCAACAUCACCCCAAUCUUCACGCUAUCCAGUGUUUCUGGGGAGAACCUGGAUCUCUUAAAAGUCUUCCUCAACAUCCUCCCUCCACUAACCAACAGUAAAGAGCAGGAAGAAUUAAUGCAGCAACUUACAGAAUUUCAGGUUGAUGAAAUUUAUACUGUGCCAGAGGUGGGGACUGUUGUGGGAGGAACUCUGUCGAGUGGGAUCUGCCGAGAAGGGGAGAACUUGGUGGUUGGUCCCACCGACGACGGGAAGUUCCUCCGGCUGAAGGUGUGCAGUAUCCAACGGAACCGCUCUGCCUGCCGCGUGCUGCGGGCUGGGCAGGCAGCCACUCUGGCCCUCGGGCCCUUCGACCGCUCCCUGCUGCGCAAGGGCAUGGUAAUGGUGAGCCCAGAAAUGAACCCCACCAUCUGCUCAGUGUUUGAAGCCGAGAUCGUGCUGUUGUUCCAUGCCACAACUUUCCGGAAGGGGUUUCAGGUGACGGUGCAUGUGGGGAAUGUGCGACAGACAGCUAUUGUAGAGAAGAUCCACGGAAAGGACAAGCUGCGGACAGGAGAGAAGGCAGUGGUCUGUUUCAGGUUCAUCAAGCAUCCUGAAUACUUGAAGAUAGGAGCCAAACUGCUUUUCCGUGAAGGAGUCACCAAAGGUAUUGGGCAUGUCACUGACCUCCAAGCCAUCACCACCAAAGAAAACGGCCUGGAGGAGUCCCUGGGACCUGGACAGCUGAGCUUCUGACUACCAGUAGGUCAGAGAAAUCUCCACUCACCAGCACCUGGGGAGAAGGAUGGGAGCUCCUGUGGCUUUCUGAGCGAUGCCUGGAGCUGCUGCUGUCCCAUUCUAGCGUGGAUGUCCCUCUGCACUGUGAGAUGGAGCCUGGGAGAGUCUCUCACAUUCAAUACCGUACAUGGGGCAAGUUAAGCAUGUUCUCCAGAUCGCCUGCAGCUCUCAUUACCCUGCCCUCCUUCAGAAUAGAUCAGAGGCACCUGCAGACCUGGGCAGGCAAGUUCUGGCUUUGUUUACUGUUUGAAAAUUGCUGGUUGGGAGGAGCAGAGCCCUUGAAGAUGAGCAGUGAAGGGACAUUUUUUGCCAUCUCUGACACAAGAUUUGGUCCGAUUUCUGCUCUCUGAGCACUGGGUUGAUAACAGUCUUCUCCCAAGUCAUCCUGCAGCACAUCCUUCUGGGCAAGGGAUGGAAGAGGCCAUGCUGCCUACUGCAGAGACUUGGCUGAACCUCUCAGAAUGCAUUCAGGAUGCUUUUUAACUGUUUGAAUCUUGGUUGGCUUUAAUCUGCUGUGUGUCCAAUUGUGUGUUGGUUUUGCGUUAUUCCAAUCCGAGUGUCUUACUGUUGGACAAAUGUCAUGUUCCUCACUCGCGUGUACACAUUUCUUCAGCAUCCCGCUUACUGACUCCCAGGAAACUGAGGCUGCUCUGAGCGGCACAGCCUCCUGACGUAAUGUCACGAAGAAAGAGUUUGUAUUUGCAUCUGUUCCUUGCAGCAGCUGAACGGGAGGCCGUUCUGUGGAGCAGAGCAGGGCCUGGGCCUGUGCUGGUGUGAGCAGGUUGUUCCAUGGAUGUUCAGCUGGCUG